AUGUUUCUCUUUAGUCCGCAGGAUGAGAAAGCGAGCUUGUCAAAAGCAGAUACGAAUAUGGAUGAGGAGAAUGAAGACAGAGUAGAUAAUACGAGAUAUAAGAUUAUGUUUGUGGCGACGCAGAAACGGCAGGCGCAUGGUUUGGUUUUGAAAGAGUAUGAGAAGAAUCCGGAUGAAGAGGCGAAAGAUGGAAAUGAAGCCGGGGAUAAAGCAGGUGGAAAGGGAAAAUCGAACAUCGAACCUCAAACUGGACACAAGAAUGUAGCAAAAGAUGGACAAAAGCAUGAGAGUAACAGAACUCAGACUAAAUUUGCACCUAGCAUAACUAAAUAUCGACGUGUUGGUUAUAUUAGAUUAUACUCCAAGCAUACAAAUGUCACGAAGCUUUGUGACGCAUAUAAAUGGGCGGAUGUAAAGGGAUGGAAGAGGGAGAAAUUUGUAUUGAUUUGA